GCGCUUCUGGCGCUUUGGGCGGUAAGCAUUAGGCGAUCUCAGCCCGCUGCCAAGUCCUUCGAUAUACUCCGUGUCCAAUACUACUCUUUUGAUAACCGCGAGGCACUUGAUUGCCUGCCUUACUUCCAACCAUUGGUUCUCGAUAGCGGUUGGGCCGUGAUGUGGCUGGUUGGUCGUUUGACGUGUGACACGCAUACAAAGGCCAAACAGCGCCUCAUUAUGGAUCUCGCUAAGUCUAAAUACUCCUCUCUCCAUCACUUUCGUUCUUACGGCGACCUUAACAUAGUCACCGUCGCGAUUGAAGCUGACCCUUACCAGCCUGGUGCGCAAUACGAGCCCCGCUUUUCAGAAUAUUCCCAGGAUGACCACGACAGAGGCUUGCAGGGGACUCCGCCGGAUCGUCCCAGUCGACGACGCUCCCGACGACGCGACGAUCGAUAUUAUCGCAAUCCACGGAUUGGGCACCGAGUCGCCGCGGACAUGGGAGUUUAAGAAAAGAAAUGGGGAUGGGGUUGUGAACUGGCUGUCGGACGCCGACAUGCUGCCGGCAGCCCUACCAAAGGCCCACAUAUAUACGUACGACUGGAAUGCAAACUACUUCGCAAAUGCACCCGUGCAGACGCUGCUCGGCCAUGCCGAUACGCUACUCGGUCUUUUCGCCGAAGGCCGUGGUUCGCAAACGCGACCGAUUAUCUUCGUCGCCUCUUGUUUUGGAGGGCUUAUUCUGACCGAGGCAAUCAUCCGAGCCGCCCAGGAAGGCAGCGCCUAUAGACAUAUCCUGAUUUCCACUGUCGGCAUCGUGUUUCUCGCCACUCCAUUCCAGGGUAGUGAUGCUGCGAAGCAGGCUCAGUGGCAGGUGCUGGUUGCCGGCAUUAUGGGAAAGCAGGCCUCUGACCAACUCAUAAAAGACCUUGAGCAGAAACACGACUUCGUCCGCCAGCGCGUUCAGAAGUUCGCCGAGAUCGCUAAUGCUGAGGCAGUGCGACUACCCCUGAAUUGCUUUUUCGAGACCAGGAAGACGAAGAUACUAAAACGCAUUCUACCGUCGGAGUGGGCGAAUCGCCUAUCAAUAGGUAUUACCCGCAAAAUUCUUGUGACGGAAUCUUCGGCCUGCCUGCAUGGUUUCCCUCGCCGAGGCCUGGAUGCGACCCAUUCAGGGAUGAAUAAAUUUAAGGGUCCAGAAUGCCCCAACUUCAAACUAGUUAAAGAUGCGGUCCAGCAAUUCGCGGGAAACGCAUCGGAUGUUUUGAAACGGCGGGAGAACUCUACCGUGAAGGGACACUGGAUCGUCCGGUUCGGACGUAAUAAGGAAUUCGUCGGGCGUGAAUCAAUUCUCGAAGAUCUUCUAAAGAGGGUUCUUCCUAGUGGAGACGAAGAUGACUGCCAACGGACCGCCAUCGAAGGUCUGGGGGGGGUUGGAAAGACGCAGAUCGCGCUGGAGACCGCUUAUCGCAUUCGCGACGUGCAGCCGGAAUGCUCGGUCUUUUGGGUUCCCGCUGUGGAUGCCACCGCUUUCGAGAAUGCAUACCGCGCUAUCGGCCAGCAGCUUAAGGUACCGGGAAUCGACGAAGAAAAAGCAGAUGUUAAGGCACUUAUUAAGUCCGUAUUGGGCCGCGAGUAUGGGUAA